GCCACACACAACUCCAGCGGCUCAAGUGAAGCAGGUUGGAUUCAACACAGUCAGAAAAGCUGAUUUUGUUUGUUUGUUUGUUUGUUUGUUUAUCUUUCUUUUUCGGCUUGAAGUAGUUUGUAAAGUGAAGGCGCGCGGAGCCGGUGGUUCUCCCUGGGAUGUCAGCCGCUGUUUGCAGGCGGGAUGGGAAGAGGAGAGGGGGCUUUCUACGUACACGUUACCUCGCUCGUGUCUGUUAAGUGCUACCUGAAGAGUAUUAAGAAGCAGUCGAGGAGCGGAGAGAGUGUUUGGUGACAACUUUAGAGAAGCACCUGUCUGCCGGUGGAUGUUGCGCAAUGGAGAUAAAGACGAGACUUCGAGCCGUGCUGAUGUUAAUAUGGAUCUCUCAAGGUGACACACACAAGGUGGAGAUCCCCAGAGGAGAGAUGGAGGUGGUGAAGGGCCAGAUGGUGGUGUUACAUGCCUGGUAUAGCCCCAACUCAGACAUUUCCAAAAACACUGUGGUUUGGCACUUCACAGGAAAUGAAUCGAAGCCGGUGAUAAACUUUAGCUCAGGUGAGGUUGGGUACAGCCAGAACGAUUUCACCAAAAGAGUGGGCUUCAGCGUGGCCAUGCCCUCAGCCAACAUCUCCAUCUACAUCAACAACACCCAGGAGACGGACACUGGACGCUACUUCUGCAGCGUCAUCAUCCCUAAAGGUCUUAGCAUUUCAGGAGAGAUGAGCCUUAAUGUCAAAGUCCCUCCAUCUCCACCGGUGUGCACCAUGACAGGGAACCCAGUGGUGGAGGGCAACGUGACUCUGAGCUGCCAGUCCAGUUAUGGAAAACCAGUUCCACAUUACAAAUGGACCAAGGCUGCACCAUUGUCUGAGGUCUUUUUCUCUCCGAUGCAAAACGAGAGACACGGCACCCUCAGGCUCAGCAACCUCACUAAAGGCAUGUCAGGGAAGUAUGUCUGCAGAGCCAGCAACACAGCGGGCUCGGAUAGCUGCUCCAUUAACCUGGAGGUCAUCACCUCCUCUAAUGCAGGUGUAGUUGCAGCAGCUACACUGGGGUCGAUAGUGGGAUUGGUGGCCAUGGUGCUCUUCCUCAUAUUCAUACUGAGGAGGAAGCGGGACACUGAGGAGGAGAUAGCCAAUGAGAUAAAGGAGGAUGCUCAAGCACCAAAGCGGGUGUCAUGGGCAAAGAGCAACACAGGCUCGGAUAUUGUAUCCAAGAACGGCACACUGUCCUCUAUAGCAACCAGUCCUCGACCCCGAGACCCCAGCGCACCGAACUUCAACUAUCCAUACUCCCCAAUGUCGGCUUCUGAUGCAAGCUCUGUGAUCAACACAUACCAGCUGCGACCUGGGGAAGGCAACACGCUGCAGGGACUUCCUGGUUACAACCACGGGGGCACCCCUAUGCAGAAACAAAAGAGAACACCCACGACAAACGGGGCCCCUCCUCAGCUGCUGAGGAGCCCCGCAGUCGCCGUCCCCAUUAGGACUGAAGGGGCUCAGCCUCAAGUGCCACCUCCACUCACCGUGCCCCCGCAGGUCCGCUCCUCCACCCUGACGCGCAUGGGGGCCGUUGCUGUCAUGGUGCCUGCUCAGAGCCAAGCAGGCUCUCUGGUGUAGCCAGCAGGAGCGUCAGGGUGGGAAAAUACAAAAGGACAGUGUGGGUGUGGCACGCCUUGCUGGAAAUGGAAAAAGCAUUUUUCUCCAUGAAGACCUGAGAGGCUGUGAGAGAUCAAAUAAUCUCUGCAGGAGGGUUGCGCAUCAUUUGCACAAGCUCUCCCUUCCUUAUUUGAGUUUUUUUUUUGUAUGCUGAGCUCUGGCUCACUAAAGAGAAAUAUAUUUUUAUUUACACACCUGUACAGGGGUCUUAAAAAAUUUACCCCAAUGGUAAUUUAGUGCAGUAUGCAUUACAGAAAUUGCCAAUUAUUUUUGAGGGAGUUGUGAUGAUUUAAUGCAAUGUGUCUGUCCAAUUGAAGAAUUCAGUUUGGUUGGAAUUUUAAAGUUUGUGCAGAGUAUGUUUUGGCUACAUUUGUAUGAUGUAUUAACAAAUAAAUACAAACUAAAUUUUAUACUUUACAUUUCACUGUUCCCUGGCUGUGUUAAAGGAUCACUCUCGGUCACUUCUCUCAGGCUAACUGCACUUGUUCAAACAGACACAGCAAAGUCACAAUUCAGGUAUUUGUCUUUGAAAUGUCUCACUUUUUAUUUAACAAACAUUUAUAACUGUUCACUUCAGGUUUUUUUUUUAUUUUGUUUAACCUACUGUGUUAGUGUCAGUAUGGUUUCAGGAGAUAGAUGUCAACAGCGAGAACAUACUUUGAAUAUUUUGCCUGUUCUGGUAGAUGGAAUGUAACCAAAAUAGUGAGUACAGCACUGCUAAAGAAGUCGAUGGAUUCUGACUAUUUUGUUCAAAAGUGCUCCGUAUAACUAAAUAUAAAUACUGUAAACUUACAAAGCAAUUAGUUGGAGGAGGAUGUAACUGAUGGCCUUGUUUGUUUGUUUGUUUUUUGUAAGUCAACUCUGCAGAUGGGUUUGGAAGAGAUAUGUUGAUGUAAUGCUAAAUGGAGCACUUUUAUGCAGUUUUGAUUGUCGACAAUUUUUUCAAUAAAGUGUUCUGAAGUGUU